AAGGAUAGAUGCCAUGAAUAGAAUAAGGGGGGGAUUGAUUGCUUAGCGGUUCAAAUCAGACCUUUGACCUAGCACUUGAAACGCUGAUAAGACAUUAAAAAGGUCAGUCAUUUCAUUAACUGGUCUCGUGACAGUGCAGCAGUUUAGUUGCUAACUCAAUGCACAUCGGUCAGGACUGUGGGACAAAGCUUUCAAUAGUUUCAAUUGAAUUUGACAUGUUUAAUCUCCUGUGAAAAAGAUAAACAACAAAGACAGAAAUCACUAACACCGAGAUGGCUGAUGGACUGGUAGCAGGAAUCAUAUUAGUCCUUGGUGCAAUAUGCUACAACAAUAGUAGAAUAUUUCGUUAUUAUACAAAAUUUGCAAUUUUUAUAUUACUUAGUCUUAUAUCGGCUACGAUAUUUAUACCAGUAAUGCUGCUGCGACCAGGCGAUUAUAGAAACGCUCUAAUGCCUGCAUGGGGUGCGAGGCAGAUAUCAAAGAUCCUCGGUCUGAAUUUCGAGAUACGAGGUCACAAAAACAUCGUUCAAGAUGUUGGUUCGAUUGUGCUCAUAAACCACCAGAGCUGCUUGGACCUUUUGGUACUCGCGGAGAUAUGGCCGGUGCUGAACCGCUGCACAGUCAUAUCAAAGAGGGAGAUCUUUUAUCUGUGGCCUUUCGGCCUUGCCUGCUGGUUGUGGGGCACAGUCUUCAUUAAUAAAUUCAGCGGGAAGCACGCCCAAGAGACAAUUAACAAAGCUGGGGCAACCAUUAAGACUAGAAAGGCAAAAAUAUGUAUGUUUCCUGAAGGAACACGACAUAGAGGAGAGUCGUUACUUCCUUUCAAGAAAGGCGCUUUCCAUAUUGCAAUUGACUGUGAAGCUCCUAUCCAGCCAAUUGUUGUCACACGUUACAAUUUCUUAGAUAAUGCAACAAUGACAUUUAACAAAGGAUCUGCAGUGAUCAGCAUACUUCCACCUAUAGAAACGAGGGGGCUUAAGAAAGAAAAUGUGCAGUCUCUCAUUGAUCUUACGUACGGAGUGAUGUGUGAGGAAUAUGACAAACUUAUUAAGGAGGGUUCAAGAGCAAACUAAAAUUCCUACAACUUUGUGAAACCUAGGCCUUAAAAAUAUAAACAAAUACAAUUUUUAAUAAUAUAUUUUUAUACAUAAAAUUUAUAUGUACAAUACUGUACCUGUAUUUUAUAAAAUUGCUAUAAAUAUAGAUGCCUUUAUAACUUAA